CCGCCUAUUGGUCGCUGGAAGGAGGAGGGGAUGAUGUCAUCGCACAGGGCCCGAUGUCAUUGGCGGAGAGAGGAAGGGUUUGCCCCCAUCCUUUGAUGGCGAUCUUGCGGUCGGCGAGGUGGGGGGGGAAGCGCUCAGCUGCGGCGGACCCGGGAGUCGACUUGAUUUGCGUGCGAAAGUGGGCGCUGCACUUCCGGGCCUCCCCCGUUGGCUCGCGCUGCUCUCCCGAGGGGGCGAGCCGGGAGAGGCAAGUACAGCCUUCUCCAGCGAUCCAGAUCCUCCUCACAUAAUGUCUCCGACGUAGGGAUCAUUUUGAGCCUGGUCAUUGUGUGCCUCCAGUGAGAACUCUGGAUUGAUUUGUUCAAUGAUUCCUUAGAUCACUGAAUCUUGUUCCUGGCCUGAAAAUGGCUUUUUCCAGGAUGAAAAUCCCAUCUGUUCUGCUCUUCUUCCUCUUGCUAUUCCAUUGGAUGCCAAACUCUGGUGGUUCCCAGCAAGAUACCUGCCAGACCUGUCGGGAUCUUGUCAACAAUUUCAAUAAGGGUCUGGAGCGGACACAGCGAGAGAACUUCGGGGGCGGGAACACCGCCUGGGAAGAAGAGAAGCUUGCCAAAUACGCCAACAGUGAAACACGUCUGUUGGAAGUAUUGGAAAGUGUGUGUUCUACGUCAGAUUUUGCCUGCCACCAGCUGCUGGAGCAAAGCGAAGACCACGUAGAGCAUUGGUGGUUCCAUGAGCAGCAGCCGCACCCAGACCUUUUCCAAUGGUUGUGCAUGGAUACCCUGAAGUUAUGCUGUCCAUCUGGCACCUAUGGCCCUGAUUGCCAGACCUGCCCUGGAGGUACCGAGAAGCCUUGCAGCGGAUACGGGCAAUGUGAUGGUGAAGGCACACGUGGGGGCACUGGUCUUUGCAUGUGUCACACUGGCUACGGUGGUCCCUUUUGUUCAGAGUGUGGAGAUGGCUACUAUGAAGCUGCUCGCAAUGACAGCCACCUGGUAUGUGCGGAGUGCUACCGGGCCUGUGGGCGCUGUUCAGGCCCCGAGGAUACCAGCUGUCUGCGCUGCAAGAGAGGCUGGAUGCUGCACAACCAACGAUGCAUUGACAUAGAUGAAUGUGGCACUGAUAUGGCACACUGUCGCAACAAUCAGUUUUGUGUCAAUACAGAAGGCUCCUACGAAUGCCGAGACUGUGCCAAGGCUUGUAUUGGCUGCAUGGGUGCUGGGCCUUCCCGCUGCAAGAAAUGCAACAAGGGCUACCAGCGAGAUGGUGUCAAAUGCCUUGAUGUGAACGAAUGUGCGGGUGUAAUGGAGGAGCCGGUGUGUACGGAAGCCAACGAGGUUUGUGAGAACACAGAGGGUAGCUAUCGCUGUGUUUGCGCUGAGGGACAUCUACGCAAAGAGGGGAUCUGUGUGGAAGAUAAGCCCCCAGAUGCUCCUGAGAAAGGAUUCUUUGACGACAUUACAGAUGACGAAGUGGUUGUGCUGCAGCAGAUGUUCUUCGGGGCUAUCAUCUGCGCGCUGGCCACCUUGGCUGCCAAAGGAGACAUGGUCUUCACUGCCAUUUUCAUAGGCGCGGUGGCUGCGAUGGCCGGCUACUGGAUGUCAGAGCGUAGUGACCGCGUUCUCGAUGGCUUCAUGAAAGGGAGAUAGGACUUAGGCAGGGAUCACUCCCUUCUGCUUCCUGCCUCAGAGAGCCAGCUUGGGGGUGGGGGUCAGGAAUACCUCGACCCCUACCCCUUUCCCCUUACCUUAGCAGGUUUGAAGCCUAGAGGUGGAAAACACAACCUGCAUCCCCAUCUGGGCUAAAGGAAGCCUUGACUUUCUGAAGAUAUGCUGGAGGGACAAAUAGGAGCCAGGAAAUCGUAUGUGCUCUGCAGGCCUAUUCACUGAGCGGUCCUGACAGGUAUUAGAAGGGACUGAAUUACACCUCAGGAAGUUUAAGGUUCAGAUGAAACCACCCCUAUUAUUGUCCAGCUCACCCGCUCUCCAUGCAUGUUGGAUGAUCCUGGAAGAGUUCAUCCCAAUAAGCUAUGAUCUCUCCCACUUGGGGCUUCCAAAGGUAACUGGAAAAAAAGCUGCGCUCUUUGGGCCUGUGCUGAUAUGGGGUGGUUCCCUGCUGGCUCGUUGGGAAUUUGUCCUUUGGCCAAGAGUUGGCCUACACAUCGCAUUGAAGGAAGUGAGAAAUGGUGGCAAUACAUUUUUAGAGGGUUCUGCUUCGGGUAGGAUUCAGUGUUUGGGUUGAUCCCUGACCUCAAAAUCACCCUUGUAUUGAAUCAAUCAGUAUCAUAAGAGAGAGAGCAUAAUAUAAAUUUAAUAAAUAAUAAAUAAAUAAUUUAAUAAAUAAUAAUAUAUACAUUUAUUUGUGUGGUCAGAAGUGAUACUUUUCAAAAACAAUUCUCAUCUAUAUAACGUAUACGGACUUGCUCUUACGCUGCUGGGGCAGCUCGGAAGGCAAAGGAAAUUAAAAGAGGCCUGCAUGUCCACUUUUUUUGCUUUGCAAUUCUGUAUCUCAGGAAAAAUAAAUGUGUCUAAAUCCA